ACAAUACAAAGGCUCAUAGCGCAGAACGGGUGUGUCGCGGGGCAUGCUGGGAGUCGCAUCCCGUGGUUUUGAUAUCAUCGUUUCCUAACCAGGAAAUAAAGAUUACCAACGUACUAGAAAAACCAGAGAGGCGGAAGUCGACUUUUCCCGGCUGGUCACGUGAUCGCAGCCUAUAAAGAGGCUUUAUCGCCCGGAGGAGACAGGGUGCAAUUGGUGGAGAGAGAGGCUAAACGCAGGAGGCUGUGAUUGGCAGAUUCUGAGUGCAAGGGUCAUGGCGCUAGCUGGGAAAAAGCUGAAGGGCCUUGUAGCUGCGACUUUCACUCCAAUGACAAGCAGAAAUGACAUCCACCUCUCUGUCAUCCAGCAGUAUGUCGAUUAUCUGGUCAAAAAACAAAGUGUUAAGAAUAUAUUUGUAAAUGGGACAACAGGUGAGGGAAUGUCGCUUAGUGUACAGGAGAGGAAGAGACUGGCUGAAGAAUGGGUGAAGCAUUCAAGAGGCAAAAUGGAUAAUGUGAUAGUGCACGUUGGUUGUCUCAGCCUGGAAGAUUCAAAGGAUUUAGCUGCUCAUGCGGCUUCUUGUGGAGCUGAUGCAAUUAGUUCUGUGAGUCCUUCUUUUCUCAAGCCAUCCAGCCAAGAUGCUUUAGUCCUUUACCUUAAAGAAGUGGCAGCUGCUGCACCCAGUCUUCCCUUCUACUACUAUCACAUUCCGAGUUUAUCUGGUGUGACAUAUCAAGUGAGCAAUCUGGUGGGCAAGAUGCAGCUUCACAUCCCAUCAUUCCGAGGGGUAAAAUUUACUGAUGUCAACCUGAUGGAUUUCAGUCUGUGUAUCCAUGAGCAUAAGGACCUUGAUUUUCUCUAUGGUGUAGAUGAGCAACUCUUAGGCGGUCUAGUGUUUGGUGCACGUGGAGCAGUGGGCAGUACUUACAACUACUUGGGUUCUACCGCUAAUAAAAUGCUGGCGGCAUUUGAAGAGGGCAAUUUACAAAAGGCCCGGGAAUUGCAGUUGAAAACGCAGGAAUUUUUGGCAUUUGUUUUCGCCUUGGGUUGGGGUUUGCCAGAUUUUAAAAACAUAAUGUCUCUGAUAUCCGGAAUAGAUUUAGGCCCACCACGACUACCUCUGGUGGCAAACUGGAAACCAGAGCACCCUGAAAAUGUUAGAGCAGAGCUAAAGAGACUUGGCCUAAUGUGAAGCGGAUUCUUGCAGAGGACAAGGAGGAACUUUUUAUAAUGUCAUUGUGACACAAGACUCAUUACUAUGGCAUCUAGUGUACAGAAAAGGUGCAGAGCUCAACUUUGUGUAACACUGGUACUUAAAGGUCAGGCCAUCCACAAGUAAUAUUUAUGUUGAACUGUUACUAUAUGACUCCUGAGAUCUCUUAAUGUUAGUAGUGAAACAUCCUGUUUGAACUCCUGGUUCUCACACCAUCUUCACUGGAUUAUAGCUGGGAGAGUCUCAAUAUCGCUUCUACCCAAGAAAGAGAAAUCCCCAGGUUAUGGCCAGGAGAGUCUGGUGGGUCUGCAGAAGUUAGAUGGUUUGAAUCAGAAUUUCCCACAGACAUUAAAGUAAAACUCCAGGCUAA